GAUGUACUCUUGCACUCUGCCUCCAGACUCAUCAGAGCCUGUGCCCUGCUCCAGAAAGAGGGAAGGGGAUAGAGAGUGAGCAAAGGAUACUGGCAAAAGGGAAGCACCAUGGCUGAUUCUUCAACUAACAUGAGGCUACGGCUGCCGCUGAUAUGCAUCAUCUUGGAGGUCAUCCUCAUCAUCCUCUUUGGAACACUGGUGGAGUAUAACCAUGACACUGAUGCCAAGCUGUGGAAUAAAAAUAGAACUGAUCCUAGAAAGGAUUAUGAGAAUGAGUUCUACUAUCGUUAUCCCAGUUUCCAGGAUGUUCACGUGAUGAUCUUCGUCGGCUUCGGAUUCCUGAUGACAUUUCUACAGCGAUAUGGAUUCAGUAGCGUCGGAUUUAACUUCCUCAUCGCAGCCUUUUCCCUACAGUGGGCCACACUUAUGCAGGGCUUUUUGCACGGCAUGCACGGUGGCAAGAUUCAAGUUGGUGUGGAAAGCAUGAUAAAUGCAGACUUCUGCACUGGUGCUGUGCUGAUCUCUUUUGGCGCCGUUUUGGGGAAGACCAGUCCUGUGCAGUUACUUGUUAUGGCCAUUUUUGAGGUGACAUUGUUCGCCGUUAAUGAGUUCAUUCUGCUUUCUAUCCUUGGGGCCAAUGACGCUGGAGGAUCCAUGACCAUUCAUACAUUUGGUGCAUACUUCGGUUUAAUGGUGACCCGUGUCCUGUACAGACCAAACCUGGACAAGAGCCAACACAGAAACUCGUCUGUCUACCAGUCUGACCUCUUUGCGAUGAUCGGUACCAUCUAUUUGUGGAUGUUCUGGCCCAGCUUCAACUCAGCCAUUACAAACUACGGGGACCCCCAGCACAGAACUGCCAUGAACACUUACUACUCUCUGGCCGCCUGCACAGUGGCUACAUUUGCUUUCUCCUCCCUCGUCAACCCAGAAGGCAAAUUGGACAUGGUGCACAUUCAGAAUGCCGCACUGGCUGGUGGUGUUGCUGUGGGAACAGCUGGGGAGAUGAUGCUGACUGCAUUUGGCUCUAUGAUCGUGGGAUUCCUAGCUGGAACUAUUUCAGUCCUGGGAUACAAAUACCUCACGCCGGUUUUGGAGUCGAAACUGAAGAUUCAGGACACUUGUGGCAUUCAUAACCUGCAUGGAAUGCCAGGAAUUCUGGGAGCUGUGGUGGGUGCUGUGACUGCUGCCGUGGCAUCCAAGGAUGUAUAUGGAGAAGGAUUGCAAAGAGUUUUCGGUGAUGUUAAAAAUGAAGAAUGGAACCCAGAAUCUAAGGGAGGGUUUCAGGCUAUCUCCCUGGCUGUCACAUUGGGAAUUGCUCUGUUUGGUGGUCUAGUUACAGGGUUCAUUUUGAAGUUGCCAGUCUACGGUGCUCCUCCAGAUACUCACUGCUUUGAAGAUGGACUCUACUGGGAGGUGCCUGGGGAGGAGGAAGGUCACAAUGAGCUUCACGAAGUGGCCACACCAAACGAAGUGGAAAAACUCAACAGCUAAAUUACCUGCUUUCACCUGUUUGCAUUUGUUCAAAUGUCACCUGUGAUGUUCUCUGCAGGUGCAGUUUAUUUUACUGACUUUUGUUCCAUUAUUAUUGUCAACAUACCUGUGAUUCCCUAUAACACCACUAGAUGGUGGUGCAGAGCUGCGAAUGGCUACAGCGCCGAGACAGAGGUCAAGAUGAUUAUUCGCAUUAUUAGCUCUUAGAAAUAUUUUUUUAUUUAGAAAGGCGUCAAAAAUGCAGUUCUUUUUAGAGGAGAAUCUGCAAAGGGAUGUAUGGGAAAUUUUUGUAUUCAUUUGAUGUAUUUUUUUCCCCCUAAAAAUGAAUGUGAAAUAAAUGAAUCAUAAAUAGCUGUAAUAUUUAAAUGUAGUUAUUUUAACGUCUCCUUAUGAACACACAUUUUAUGUCAGACAACCGUUGUUUUCUGGAUUGUUUCACACAGAUUAGAAAUACUGUGAAUAUGGAACAUUGAUAAACAUGUUUUAAUGGAAAAAUUGCAAAAAAUUUGGAGUGAGAAAAUAUUUGGAUUGAUAUAAGAUGUUAAAUGUAUAUAGUUACAUGUUUAUCUGUUUUUGGAAAAAAGGGAAAUUAGAGGACAAAUACGUUUUUCUUUACAUGGAGUAUUUCUACCCAGCAUAACCUGCGUUUGAACAUCAAAAUUCUGUAUGGAAUGACAUCUAAAUAAAUUGUUGAAAUGUCAUGUUUUAAA